AUGGAUGACUUACUGAAUUUCGAUCUUACGAGUAACGUUUACAAUGAGAAUAAAAAAAAGGAUUCUUUAGAGAUAAUAAAUAAUUCAAAUAGCCCUGUUUCUGUAUCUAAUCCUAAGAAACCUCACAGUACUAAACAAUCCUCAGAUAUGAGAAGAACUCAUGAUCCUUUUGCUAAUCUCUUUCAAAAAAAGAAUGAAAGCAAGAAUACUUCUUUAAAUGAAUUGGAAAGAAAAACACCACAAACACCACAAACUUUGGAAUCUCCCUCCCCCAAUUCCUCGAUCAGUCAUGACCCUUACAGUAAUCUUGAUGUUCUCCAUCGGUUACCUAAAACUGAAACAAGACUUUCUGAUGAUGAUAACAAAGCAAACGAUGUUUCUUUAAGUGUUCUGGACUCAAAUUUGAAUGCAUUUGAAAGUUUUCAAUUGCAAGAUGAAGAUAGUUUAAUUAAGCAACGUCCUUCGUCGCCUGAAAAACAAACCACUCCCGAAGCACCAGAAAUUAAAGACAAAGAAAUUGGACAUUAUGUUCCUGAAACUUCUUUAACAAACAACCCUUCACCGCUUUCGGGCGGUGAUUAUUAUGCUCAACUCCGCGCAAUGGGAUUUCCCGAUACUCUUAGCAGAUCUGCUCUACAACAAACUGGAUCUUUACAGGAAGCUAUAGAUUAUAUUUUGGAGCAAGAGCCCAGGUCUCCUCAAAAUCAGACCUCCAACUCAGUAUCCAACAACGAACAAUAUUACUCUGAUAAAUUGUCCGAAUUACAGCAAGUAUCUAACCAGAUUAAAGAUCAAUUCUUCACCAAGGCAACCGAUUUAUGGAACGUUGGACGUCAAAAAUUGAGAACUGCCGUGGAAGAAAGAAAAGCAUUGAAGAAUCCAAACCAGCCUCGGUGGAUGACGGGGGAAUAUGUAUCUGAUGAUUUCGAUAACCACAAUCCUAGAAUACCAGCUCCAGAUAGGUCUAGUGAAGCUGCGUCAACAAUAGAGCUCAAUUUAGACAUCCCGCUUUCGAAUAAUGAGCAUGUAAACGUUAUGCCUGCCGAGACUGUACCCGAAAAAGACCAUCAAAAUGUUGACGAAUUUAAUGAUAACUUAUUCUCCUCUUUAAUAGAAAUACCAAAUGAAACAAUAAACCAUCAGAAGGUAGAACCUUCUCUUGAUAUUCAGCAGACACAUGGCGAUUCAUCGUCUUCUCAUCAUUGGGAAUCGGAUCAUACUAACAAAAAAUCGGCGUUAGAUAUCCAAAGAGAAGAAGUCGAUAUUGACUCUAUGUCACUGUCUAUUAUCGAGCAAGGUCAGACAGAAGGUAAUGAUUGCUUCCACAAAGGAGACUUUAACCAGGCAAUUAAUAUCUUUAGAAAAACUUUGUCUCAUAUUCCUGAGGGUCAUACUCGCUCUAUACCACUCUUAUGCAAUAGAAGCUUAUGUUACAUGAAGAUUGGUGAUAUACGGAGCAGUCUUCAAGAUUCCCAAAAAGCAUUGGAUAUUAUAGGACAAGGAAAGGGCGAAGGUGAAUUUAUAAACGAAAAGAGCAUGAAUGAGUACUACGUGAAAAGUAUGAUUCGGAAAGCUCAAGUCUUCGAGCAACUAGAAAAGUACCAAUCAGCUCUAGAGGUUUGGUCAGAUUUACUAUCCAAUGGCAGAGUUACCAAUCUGUAUUUGGAGGGAAAACGUCGGUGUGAACGAGCACUUGGUCGACAACCUUCACAGGCAAAUUCGAUGAAUACUACGUCGAAAUCUACCAACCGGAAAUCGCUGGAAUUACCAAAGACUUCAGGAAGAUUAACUGAAUAUCGUGACAAGCAAAAACAGGCUGAAAAAAUCGAUGAAGAGAAAAACCAAUUACGUGAACCAGUUCAGCAGCUCAUCAACAGAUGGAAAAGUGGUAAAGAAGGAAACAUUAGAGCUCUUUUAUCAUCUAUGGAUACGAUUUUGUGGCCGGAAUGCCGUUGGAAACCAGUGUCCUUGGCAGAUUUGGUUUUGACUAAACGUGUCAAGAUCGCAUACAUGAAGGCUAUAUCAUGCGUGCACCCUGACAAACUCCCUCAACAAGCAACUGUUGAACAACGUCUAAUUGCUGAAUCUGCUUUUAGCAAUCUUAAUGAAGCUUGGGAUAUAUUUAAACAACAAAAUCAACUUUAG